AUGUCUUAAUUUCAUAUUAUAAAAUAUGUUCUUUACUUUUCGCAAUUACCAUUAGUAUUUGGAAAUAAAGUUAAUAUUUCAAAAUCUCAAAAUGUUUUCAAUAAAUCUCUAAAAGGAAAGAGUUGCAAAGAUUAUUGUAAAAAUAAUGAUGAUUAUGAUCAUUGUUAUAAUGAAUGCAAAAUGGAAAAAGAAUAACCAAUUAUACAAAUAAUCAGCAUAACUUGUAUUGUCUUAGGGUUGAUGUUAAUUUUAUUUAUAAUUUGGAAACGAAAGCAAGUUUUAAGAUUAUUUAGAUGUGUACUAAAUAGAAGAAAAAUAGUGAUGGAAUCAUUUUUAAAUAAUGCUAUCUUAAUAAAAAAUAGUAACAUUUUGCUGAAUCAAUUAAGGAAAGUGAGUAAAAUGUUAAGUUAAUCUAAAAAUGAAUUGAUAUUUACAUAAAAUGGAAAAAUUCACAAAGAAGAGGAUGUAUAAAUAAUGUGUAAAAUUAAUGAGGAAAAACAAUUCAUAGAAAUUAAUCUAUUGGGAAAUGAUAAGUAUGGUACUUGGAGUGGCAGUGGAAUUAUUAUUAUAGAUUUUAAUAAUUAAAUUAAAAUAUGGUUUGUGAAGGAUUAUGAAGAAUAAAGAGAAGCAAGAAUAUCAGGAUUAUGGGAACAUCUUUUAUAUUAAGGGGAAUUUGAUUAAGAAGUAAAUGUUUUUAGUGGAUAAUGGCAUUAUGAUGGAUUUGAAAAUGAUUUAACUUACAGUGGUACUUGGAUUCUAAAAAUUAUAUGA